GUACUGGUAAGAUACCUUACCUCUCUUGCGUCUUGCCUAGGUACCUCAGGUUCGAAGGUGGGCCUUAUCACUUCCUUUGGGAUAGACGGAAACACACGGUACCUUACUUUAUCAACCACAUGCUGGCAUUACCUACCUUAGUACUAUCUAGUCCUCAACGAUAGUUCCCUUUCUCGCUGGGAAAAUCACCUCCAGCCUUCUUCUUUCAGUCUCUCCUUCUCUUGGUUGAUUACUAUUUCCCUUUCCAAAAUACAUACGCACUAUGCGUUGAUAUUCAUUUCAUUCGCUUUUCCUAAAUUCAAGCUAUCGCAACCUUCUUUCCGUUUAGAUUGACGACCCAUAUCCUCUCAAGCCUUAACCCCCUCAACAGUGGGAGACAUCGAAAAUGGCUCCUUCUGUGCUACCCUUUCGUGACAUCAACCUGCACGCCUCUCCCUCUCAUUAUGCUUUCGCUUCUCCAUCAUCACCUAAUGCUCUGACGCUCGUUGUCGACCGUCCAACCGGCGACCUGCGACUUGCGGAUGGUACCCUGUCCGGCGCGAAACGCAUAUCUAGCAUCGCUGGUAUCUUGGGUAUGAUCAAGCUCAAACUGGACAAAUACAUUAUAGUCAUAACAAAGGCCCAGCCCAUGGGUAGACUUCGCGGACACAUGGUAUACAAGGUCGCCGCCACCGAGUUCUUGCCCCUCCGCGAGCGUCCACUGCACGAUCAUGAUGAAGACACCUACCUGGCACUGUUGAAAGAAUUGCUCCGAACUGGACCGAUGUAUUUCUCCUAUGCAUUGGAUCUUACCAACAGCUUCCAGCGUCAAUCUCAGAGUGAUCCCAGCCUUCCCAUGUGGAAGCGCGCUGACGAUCGGUUUUUCUGGAAUCGCUUCAUUCAAUCGGACUUGAUAGAUUUCAGUCUCGGCGCACAUGAUGCGACCGGUAUGCGCUACGGCCCACAACCCGGAGCCGACCCCUUCAUCCUCCCGGUCAUAUUUGGAAUGCUCCGUAUUAUCCCGGCCAGGGUCAAGUCAACAUCAUUUACCUUUGCCCUUAUCACCAGGAGGUCUAGGCAUCGGGGUGGGACCAGAUACUUCUCGCGCGGCAUAGACGAGCACGGCCACGUUUCGAACUAUAAUGAGACGGAACAGAUCGUGAUACUUAAUGAUGCGACGGGAGGGCUCUCUGGUUUUGCGCCGGGACAGUCUAUGACCAAGGAUAAAUCCGGUGGCUCGGGCCGGGAUCUCCAGGUCAUGUCCUUCGUCCAGACCCGAGGAAGCGUACCCGUAUUCUGGGCCGAAGUGAACAACCUGAAGUACACACCGAAACUUCAGGUUCGCGGAGUGGAGACAGCUGUUGAUGCUGCACGCAAGCAUUUCUCGGAGCAAAUCAGAAUUUACGGCGAUAAUUAUAUGGUCAAUCUUGUCAACCAAAAAGGCAGGGAGGAGCGUGUGAAAAAGGCCUAUGAGCAGCUGGUACGCAUAUUGGUGUCUUCCUCGAUCGAGGACACCGAGGCCGAUGAAAACACUUCCGAGAAAGUCCAUGUGGUAGAGCCCAGCCAGAGGCAAAAAGAACUGGAUCGCCUGCAUUACAUUUAUUUCGAUUUCCACAAUGAGACCAAGGGCCUGAGAUGGCAUCGUGCUGAGCUGCUUUUGGAACGUCUUGUCGAUGGACUCUCACGAGGCGGGUACUUCCGUGGCGUUGAGGAUCCCGGUGCCCCUGGCGGAUUGUUAGAAACUCGGUCCCUUCAGUCAAGCGUCGUCCGGACCAAUUGCAUGGACUGCCUUGACCGGACGAAUGUGGUGCAGAGUAUGCUUGGGCGAUGGGCUGUGUCGCGGCAGCUCAUGGAUGCAGGAGUCCUUCGUCCAGGCGAAGCAGCUAAUGACGAUCGGGAGUUUGAGAACCUGUUUCGUAACAUUUGGGCCGAUAAUGCGGACGUUGUCUCGAAAGCCUAUUCCGGCACAGGAGCCCUCAAGACGGACUUCACGCGCACCGGUCAAAGAACCCGGGCUGGAAUGGUGCAGGAUCUAUGUAAUUCCAUCACCCGCUAUAUCCGCAACAACUUCCUGGACGGCCCCAGACAAGAUGGGUUUGAUGUGUUCUUGGGCACCUAUCUGCCUCCUGAUUCCGCUCUUGGCAACAUCCAGCUCUUCGUUGACCGCAGGCCGCUGAUCAUCCAAUCAAUCCCUUACAUCCUUGCUGCAGGCCUGUUCAUGAUCUUUGUUUCCAUUUUCACGAGGCGGUUGCCGGACUCUGCCGUCUGGCCUAUCCGCAUAUUUGUCUUUGUCUGGAUUGUUGUUUCGGCCUGGUGUGCACGCUUCAUCUUCGCGCAUGGCAUGCUCUAUGUCAACUGGCCAAAACUGAAUACUCCUACGGCUGGAUCCGAAGGCUAUCAGGAUGCACUCAUCAAAGCACGUUCGGACCCAAUUGUUGGACAAUUUCUCCCUGCGAGGAGGCACCAAAGAGGUUACAGCAAUGCUCGCCUGGUUUUCCUGGAAGAAGGCAAAACCAGGAUUGAGUGAUUCGUGCCCUGUUCUCUACAAUCGUCGCGUUUUCACUAUUUCGUUAUAAUAGCGCAUGUCUAUGGCAUAUGCUCAUCUGUAGUUCUACGCUAGACAGCGGUUUGCGAUUUUCUUCUGUUUCAAAUAUUUUAUUACUUCAGAUUAUUCUGGUUUCACCGCUCGAUUCAUGGUUCAAAGCUUCUCCUCCAGCCAGAUGUAUUUACAUAAUGGCUGCCUUGCGUGCAUAUUGCGUCCUAGUCUUGGCUUUAGGGUCCUUCCGGUGGCCCUGUAUGCUUCAGAUAGAAUUAAACUGGACCACACUGCAGAC